AUGUCAGAAGAUUCACAGACUGAUGUGAGGAUUAUACUGGUGGGUAAAGCUGGAGCAGGAAAGAGCGCUACUGGAAACACCAUCCUGGAUAAAGAUGUGUUUAGAUCAGAAAUGUCUUCAGAUUCAGUUACGGAAAACUGUGAAAUACAGCAUCAGAUAAAUGGAGAUAGAACAAUCUCAGUUAUUGACACUCCUGGGAUUUUUGGUGGAAUGAAAGGAAAGGAAAUGACAGAGCAAAUGCAGAAGUGUGUGGAAAUGUCAGUUCCUGGUCCUCAUGCGUUCCUGCUGGUGAUCAGAAUAGGAAGAUUCACCCCUGAGGAGAGAAACGCUGUGAAGUGGAUUCAGAAGAACUUUGGAAAAGACGCUUCAAUGUACACCAUCGUUCUGUUCACCCACGCUGAUCAGCUGAAGGGGAAACCUCUGGAUGAGUUCAUCAGCAAAAACAGAGAUCUUCUGCUCUUAAUUAACGCCUGCGGAAACAGAUAUCUCGCAUUUAAUAACGAUGAGAGAAAUGACCGAACUCAGGUCAUGAAGCUGCUGGAGGAGAUAGAUAAGAUGGUGGAAUUUAAUGGUGGAGAGUACUACACUAAUGAGAUGUUCAAAAAAGCCCAGCAGGAGAUAAAGUUGAAGAAAUAUGCAAAGAACACUGCACUGGGAGCAGGAGUACUAGGUGGAGCAGGAAUAAUAGCUGGAGUGGUUGCGCUGGCUGCUCCAGAGCUUAUUGCACUGUCAGCUGUUGCUGCAGUGACUUCUGGCAUAGCAACUGUUGGGGCAGCAGUAGGAAAGAUAGUUUAUGAUGAGGUAGCAAAGAAAAACAAUUAG